CAAAUAAUAAAGUCUGGAACACUGAAUGGGGAAUGUUGAUGUGGUGAGGAAUAUAUCAUCAUGUUUGUUCCCCUGUUCUGGGAGACUGUUGAAUUCCUCUAUAUAUUGGAGAAAACAGCCGUCAUCACACCAUUCUUCAAAAACUUUACAAACAACAAAGUACAACAAAUAAAUUUCAUGAUGUUGACGCAUUGCCAUGAACUGUUCAAGCCAGUCUCCAUCAUGAUUCUAGUUAACUUGGCUUUGGCUUUUGUCAAUUUGCUUAUGAAGAAGGUUCUUAAUGAAGGAACGGAUUACAUGUCCAUUAUAACUUAUCGACAGGCAAUUUCGUUUAUCUUCAUGGCACCUAUUGCCUUCAUCUAUGAAAGGAAACACAAAGUGGAAGUUCGCAUAAUAUUUCUCCUUUUCCUCAGUGCCCUACUCGGAGUAACAGUUCCACAAAACCUAUUCCUUCUCGGACUUGAAUAUACUUCAGCUACGUUCUCGUGUGCGUUCCUCAACAUGGUGCCUGUAUUUACGUUCAUUAUGGCAGUGCCAUUUGGGAUAGAGAAGGUGAAUGUGCAAAGCAAGGGAGGCAAAGCUAAAGUCAUGGGAACUUUUGUGUGCAUUGGUGGAGCCUUGUUGUUGGUCCUUUAUAAAGGAAUGCCCCUUAUCAAGCCACAAUCUCAAUACAUAGCUGACAAAGUUACAAGUGUACCUUCAACUGCCAAGUUAGAGACGUGGAUUAUAGGUUCCAUAAUUCUGACUGUAAGCUGCCUCCUGUGGUCUUCAUGGUUCAUCAUACAAGCAAAGAUUAGCAAAAAAUAUCCAUGUCAAUACUCUUGCACAGCUAUUUUGUCACUCUUCGCUGCCAUUCAAUCAGCAAUAUUAACUCUGAUCAUCAAGAGAAAUAAUGCUUCGUGGAUUCUUAAAGGAAAGCUAGAAAUAAUAAGUAUUAUAUAUGCUGGAUUGGUAGGGUCGGGCUUGUGCUAUGUGGCAAUGUCAUGGUGUGUCAAACAAAGUGGUCCAGUUUUCACCGCCGCUUUUACCCCCCUUAUACAGAUAUUUGUGGCCAUCCUUGAUUUCUCUGUACUAAAGGAGGAAAUUUAUCUGGGAAGUGUUGCAGGAUCUGCGUUGGUCAUUGCUGGUAUGUAUAUUCUUCUGUGGGGAAAAAGCAAAGAGCAAGGACAAGAUGUUCAGAAGGAUACGCAAACAAAUCAAGAUGUAGAACGUCAAUAGCAAUGUCAUCAAUGACAAUGAAUAACUUGAUGCUAAUGUGUCCUCUAAUCUCCGCGGGACACGAGUUCUCUAAAUAACAAAAAAAGUAUUGUUAUUAUAGGAACCAAAAGCAGUUGCAUUUGAGACUCUAUACAAAACAACAGAUAAAAAGUUUAGUUUGAGGAUGAAUAUUUUGUCUAUUAUUCAAGUCAGUAGUAGACUCUAACCUUUGCGCAAAUCACUGAAUGCUUAAUCUUGAAGUUUUAUCCAAAUAUAUAUUCUAUAUGGACUUAUACAUGCGAAGCAAGAGUUCCAACUUCAUAUGGAGAGAUGGAACAGCAUCCACUCAUCAAAAUCUGGACUAUUACAGUCAAAAUGUUCACUUUCAACCAAUCACCACCACACGUUUCAAAAUGUAAAACUUCUUAAUAAUAAACACCUUGAUUUUGUUUCCUUGUAGAAACAAAAUAUCAGCAAGCAAACAUCUGAACAUGGAACAUCAAGUUCAUUUCAGACAAGAAUACUUAACAUAAAUUGUUGCAAUCAUGAUGUAAACCCAGGCUAGGUUUGCUUGGAUACGAGGAUAAUUUCACUCAAAUUUCACAAAAAGAACUUUUGGUUAACUUCUUGGUUGGACCUUGGAUAGAUUUUGAAAAGAUUCUUGAAUAAAUGGUGAUAUUGAUUUUG